AUGUUGCUCAGUGAGCGCAUGGUAGCAUCUCCACAGCGCGAAACGGCAAUGGACCGCCUUUUGAACUCUCUCGAGGACCAAGGAAUGAAUAUGGAACGCCAGGAAAAAGAUGAGAAGGAAGGGACGGCUCCCGUGCCCAAAGUGGCACGACUUCUGCGCGACGGUCAGGGAAAGUUUAUGUAUAUUGGUGAUUCAGCGAGUUUGUCAUUUUUACAGAGUCUGCGCCGCGUUGUUACGUCUUCCAUUGGCCGAUGUGAGUUCACCGAGGACAACUCACGACACUCGAUGCUCGAGGCCUUUCAGAGCAACCCAAGCACUCAGCCCGGAGCUCUAGUUACGCCACCAAGCAACGAUGAAGCCCAACGACUAGCUCGUCAAUUUGUGCUUGCUACAAGCCCAUUGCUUGACUUGUUUGAUCUGGAAGAGUUCCACCCACGGCUAGCUAAUUGGGUUGCAAACCCAUCGGGUGACGAAGAUACCGUUAGCUCUAUCUUCUAUCUUGUCCUUGCCAUUGGAGCUCAGGUUUCCGAUAUUGAUCAGACAGUAGCUGAACAAUAUUUUGGCAGCGGUCGUCAAUUGGCGUUCUCGGCCUUUCAGGAAACCCCAAGUAUAUCCACCAUUCAAUCAUACAUUUUGGUUUCCAUGUAUAUGCUCGGCGCAUGCAGGCGCAAUGGUGCAUUUAUGAAUCUGGGGAUUGCUCUACGUGCUGCAUACGCGGUAGGAAUCCACCGCAGGGAUGCAAACGCGCUCUUUUGUGGGCGUGAGCGCCGAGCGAGGGAGCGAGUUUGGAAGAGUCUUCGGAUGAUGGAUCUAUUCCUUAGCGCCUCCCUAGGACGCCCUCCCGCAACUUCAGACUACGACUAUGACAUACGUGAAGAUGCUCUUGUAUCAGGAGAAUCACAACACCAUUUGACCCUAGAUCAACAGCUUUCAGCUGCGGUGAUUUCGCUUUGUCGAAUAUUCGAACGGAUCUUGACCGAUGUGUACAUGAAGCAAGUCAUAUCGAUAAAUGUUGCAGAGACGAUCUCGAACCAGCAUCGGGCUUGGGUUCGAACUUUGCCAACAAUCCUCAAAAUGCAGACUGAGCGGCUCGAAAACAAAUCCAUGGAAAACAGCCUAGCCGCAGCUCAUGUAUUCGGGUCAUAUUACUGGUCGAUUAUCCUGUUGACACGGCCAUUCCUUAUAUACCGUGUUGCCCAAUACGUCAAGGGCAAACCCGAUUCAUCCUCCGAAGCUCGAAACGGUAGCUCCCGAAUAUCCUUGUUUGCCGAUGCAUGUGUCUAUUCCGCACUCCGAGGUCUAGACGUAGUCGAUGAUCUCAGCCAUUAUACCUCCCUUCCACGUCGACUACCCUUCUUGAUCAACUCCGUUUUCAACUCUGUCAUCGUCCUCGGCGCUGCAUUCUUCGCCGACUACGAUAAUCUCCUCCCCCUUAGAAGAAGGAAUAAACAAAGCUGA